UAUAUACGCCAUCGAACAAUGCCCAAGAAAUUAACCCCACCACACCUAUAGACCUAGAGAAAAAUGGUUAGCUCUCCAUCCUAUCUAAGAAACUUGCACCCUCUUCAAGUUUUCUCUAAAAAGCCACCAUCUUCUACCUUAAGCUCCAUGAAGAUCAAAACCCUUAUCCACACCCUUAUCAUCUCACACGUGUGCCGCAUCGUUCGAGCUCUAUCCAAAGCAAAAUCCGUUGUCAUUGAGAUUCUUAAAGAGAACCACCAUUUGCACUUCUUCAUUUCCCCUACGAAGAACUCAAAAAAGAAGCAGAAGCAUCAGAAGAUAUUCCUUGGCUCAUUUAGGCUACACUAUAACUGGUGCUCUUCACAUGUGCUGCCAGUGCCAGAACCAGUUCUUGAUGGGUUCUCUUCUUCCCAUUUCUACUAUGACUCUACGUGGAACUCGAUAAUUACAAAUGAGCAGUGCGAGGACAACACGGAGUCUCAGCUUUCAGGGUACCUUCAUUGGCUAGACGAGAAAGUUGACGAUGAGGGUCCUAAGGGUAUCGAGAAAGAUAUCAAUCGGCUAGCAGAUUUGUUCAUUGCAAACUGCCAUGAAAAGUUUAUAUUGGAGAAGCAAGAGUCCUACAGGAGAUUCCAAGCAAUGAUGGCUAGAAGCAUGUGAAUGUAGGGGUCUUUUUGUUUCUCGUUGUAGUUUUUCUUUUGCUUUCCCAUUCUUCUAUGCUAGAACAUUGGUGGGGUGAGGAAAGUACAUAAUGGCCAUAUUGGGGUGCAAGGGGUUUUUCCUUUUGGGUUCUUCUUUCUUCCUUUUGACAUUGUGCUUUAUUUUGAAAUGGUGGAGGCCUAGAGAGUUGUACAUGAUAUGGAGAAGGGGAUGGGGAGGGGGUAAUUGUGAAAUUCCUGAUCCCUUGAAAGUGUAUGAUAAUGCUGGCAACUUUCAGGUUGCAGGGGUGGAAGUGUGUUUCGUCUAAUCUAUCAUUGCAAUAAUUUUUCUGAUUUUUUUCUUUUA